GACGCCAUGUGCCCUCUGCAAGAACUUCGUUUUGUCCCUCGAGUGUCUUACCUCCACCAGUCACCAAAAUCCUACUCGAAGAAGCGGAAGCAGAGCUUUCGAAAGCUGGCUUACAGUCCGAAGCGAGCCAUGGCUGAGCUAAGGCACUCGAGCAGCUCGCUCGGGAGCCGAGCCUCUUCUUCUCCAAUGAAACGUGACGAGGACACCUCUCCUCUAAUCCACGAUCACAUCCCUCAGGAUGACGACGACGAUCACCCUCGCCAUUCUGUACGAGAUCGUGACCGCUCGUUUUGGUCGCAACUUCAGUCCUUCUCCCCUUUCUUCAACGAUGAUCCUAGGGUUUCUCAACAUGGCUCCAGGAUCUCGCUUCUCUUGCUCCUUUUCGUCGCCAUUGCUGGAUUGAUCUCCCUUUUCUCGAUCUUACAUCGAUUAAAUUCUCCGUAUUUGUGUAAAAAAGAUGGCAUUGUUCUUCACUGUCCGCGUGUCAAGGAGAAUCCUUCACUUUGGGAGAAUCCUUUUUCUGCAACUACUUCUUGGAAGCCUUGUGCUGAGCGCCGCGAUGGUGGAAUAUCAGACCUUCCUCCUGAGAAUGAAACAAGUGGUUAUAUUUUUAUUCAUGCUGAGGGUGGUCUAAAUCAGCAAAGAAUUGCGAUAUGUAAUGCAGUUGCUGUGGCCAAAAUUAUGAAUGCAACUCUUAUAUUGCCAGUGCUGAAGCAGGACCAGAUUUGGAAAGACCAAACGAAAUUUGAAGACAUUUUUGAUGUCAAUCAUUUCAUUGACUACUUGAAGGAUGAUGUGCGAAUUGUCCGUGACAUACCCGAGUGGUUCACUGAUAAAUCAGAAUUAUUUACAAGUAUAAGACGGACAGUGAAGAACAUUCCAAAAUAUGCACCAGCACAAUUUUUCAUUGACAAUGUGCUACCUCGGAUCAAAGAGAAGAAGAUAAUGGCCCUAAAACCUUUUGUUGAUAGACUUGGGUAUGAUAAUGUACCUCCAGAAAUCAACAGGCUAAGAUGCAGGGUCAAUUAUCAUGCUCUUAAAUUUCUUCCAGAGAUAGAGGAAAUGGCAGAUUUAUUGGUCUCAAGGAUGAGGAACCGCACAGGGAGUCCAAAUCCUUACAUGGCUCUACAUCUUAGGUUUGAGAAAGGAAUGGUGGGCCUAUCAUUCUGCGAUUUUGUUGGGACUAGGGAGGAGAAAGCUAGAAUGGCAGAAUACAGAAAAAAAGAAUGGCCUCGACGGUACAAGAAUGGAUCUCAUCUCUGGCAGCUGGCACUGCAGAAGCGGAAGGAGGGACGGUGUCCUCUUGAACCUGGGGAAGUGGCAGUGAUUCUUCGGGCAAUGGGUUAUCCGAAGGAAACACAGAUUUAUGUUGCUUCUGGCCAGGUUUAUGGUGGUCAGAACCGGAUGGCACCCUUAAGGAAUAUGUUUCCAAAUCUGGUUACCAAAGAGGAAUUGGCCAGUAAGGAGGAGUUAGCUGUUUUCAGGAAGCAUGUAACAAGCUUGGCAGCACUUGAUUUUUUGGUCUGCCUGAAGUCUGAUGUGUUUGUGAUGACCCAUGGAGGCAACUUUGCUAAAUUGAUUAUCGGGGCAAGAAGGUACAUGGGUCACCGUCAAAAAUCCAUAAAACCAGACAAGGGGCUUAUGUCUAAAUCUUUUGGGGAUCCUUAUAUGGGGUGGGCAACUUUUGUUGAGGAUGUAGUCGUGACCCACCAGACCCGAACGGGAUUGCCAGAAGAGACCUUCCCUAACUAUGACCUUUGGGAGAACCCCCUGACUCCUUGCAUGUGUAAAGCCUGAUAGUACGUAUGUCUUGUCAUUACUUAUAUUUAUUUUUGAGGAACUUCGCUGAAAGGAAACUGCAUAUCGGCAUUUGACAAAUGAAGAUUCUUUUAUCCACAAGCUAUAAGGAGGGAAGCUAAGCACGGAGAGCAACCAAUAAAGUUGCUAGCCUGGAAGAGUAAGAGACAUGGGAUCGGGUGCAGACAGGUAUUGGCCUUUCAGGCCGGGUUGGAAGUUGAUCUCGUGAGGGCUGCCCCUGCAGGGACAUCCGGCACUAGCAGUUUUGUCUCCAAAAACAACAUAUUAAAACUUUUAGCAUAUAUGUCCCUUUCUUUAUCUAUCGAUUUUAGCAUAUCUCAUAUUUGUCACAAAAACAGUAGAUGACUUUGUACGUUCCAACAUCAGGACGUGGGUGUAAAAUAUUAGUGAAAUUUACAAGAGUUUUAUUUUCA